AUGUCGUCACCAGAAGAACACCACCACCAAACAAAGAAAAAAAGGGUGGGAAAGGCCUGCGACCUGUGUCGAAUCAAGAAGACAAAGUGUGACGGGAAGAAGCCGUGCUCGAGAUGUAUUGCUGAUAAUAAGCUUUGUGCUUUCACUGAAAAGAAGAAGCAGAAGGAAAAAUCCCAUCCCAGUGGUUACAUCGAAUUAUUGGAGACUCGUUUGAGUCUCGUGACAAAGUCUCUUGAACGCAUUGUUCUGAUGGCAGAACCUCAUUUGCCAUUUUUGCAGACAUUGAUGGCCAAUGCCCGUGCUGAACAUGCGCUAAUCUCACUGCCCGAGUCGGAUGUUGCUGAAAGCAGGGACGCAAAUUAUGUUCCAAUUAACGAGGUGGUGUCAUAUCUCAUUUCCGAAAUGGGACUUCUAGACAAGGAGCCUUUGGAAUGGGAACGGGGCGCCCGUAUUGCUGCUAAAGUUGUUCCCUCUAACAUGGAUGAGGCUGCUCUGGACUUUGCAAACCAUAAAGUGGCAAUGGAAUUGAAUUCCAACCGUAUGCAUUUGACCAGCUCGCACAUGGAGUCCAUCAGCUCAAAUAUGGAUGCCUCUGGCGAUGAUGAAGCCACUCAGAUCCAUCCAUUCAGUCCAGAACACACUGCACUUCACGAGCACAGCAGAACCAACCUGUCACUAUCAACAGAGUCACCUGGUCAGUUUGCUGAGUCAAUCACCGAGCAAUUUAAUUUGCAGAAUAUCUCACUUGGAGGUUUUUCCAACUCACAACUCCAGCAUCCUCAAGCUCAACUGUAUAACACGUUUACGUUUGAGAGUUUCCCCAAGAGAGCUAAUCUGCUUUUCAUCAACAACAAUGAGAUUGCUAGCCUGUCGCUGCUGGUAUCUUCAUUGGCCAAUCGGUUCGAGAGCCAGGAAUUGGAGGAGAAUUCCAGACGUAGAAGCCUGGUAACUCUCAAAGGAACGUUAUCUCCAUCUCACCAGAAGAUGAAGAACAACGGCCAUGUUCACAAGCCUGGAUUCCAGAGCCAUAGCCAAAGUCGACUGGGAGGUUCCGGCAACGUCAAAUCUAACAACGGCACCGAGUUUCAUUUCCCCAAGCAGUUUCCCUCAACGCUGUCGUUACCAGAACUUGUGAGCAGUGGACUGUCCAAAAAUCUGGAUGCUCCACUGGCUGUAUUCGACGAUGAUUUUUUGUUUGACGACUUGCCUUCCAACUAUGACUUUGGCGAGUUUUCUAAGGGUGGAAUGCUUGACGAGGAGUCACUUUUCACCAAUGUUUUUGUACCUAGGGGUCAGUGA